AUUUCAUAUCUGGCUGCACUUUCCCUCAGCUCCCUCCUUUUCCUCCCGAGCCUCGGAGCGGAGCGUUCCCCAGCUCCUUCUACCUGCGCAGCGCGUCCGGAGCCGCUUCCCCCCCGACGGGACAGUCGCACUGCACCAAGCUGAGCAGCGGAGCCGCCGGAGCGCGCUUUGAACAGCCGAAGUCACCGUCCGACCCCCCCGCAGCGGCUGCGAUGCCGUUACCGGUCCGACUUGUCCAGAUCCUUCCACUCCUGUGUGCAGUUUUCCAUCUGACUCCAGCCUUCCCCACCCAAACUCCAUCUGCGUACGACGAUGACCUGUCCCUCAGGGUGAAGAUCCCCCUCCCGGGCGCGGUGUCCGCCUCACUGGGCAGCUCCAUCUCCAUCCCCUGUUCGGCGUCCCUGUCCUCCGCGUCCUCCAUCCCGCCGGUGGUGCCCCGCGUCAAGUGGACCGUGGUGUCCGGUGGGGUGGAGACGCAGAUCCUGGUGGCGAGGGGUCUGAGGGUGAAGGUCAACGACGCCUAUCAAGGCCGAGCGCUGCUCAACUACACGUCCUCGCCGGAUGACCUGUCCCUGUGGUUGGGAGAGUUGCGCUCCAGCGACUCGGGCCACUACCGCUGCCAAGUGCAGCAGGGCCUGGAGGACGCCAGUGACCUGGUACAACUGAAGGUCAAAGGAGUGGUCUUCCACUACAGAGAUGCUCUGGGCCGGUAUGCUUUCACCUUCCAUCAGGCUCAGGCGGCUUGUCAGUCCAUCGGGGCAGAAAUCGCCACUGCUGAACAGCUUCUGGCUGCUUAUUAUGACGGAUAUGAGCAGUGUGAUGCAGGCUGGUUGGCAGACCGGUCCGUCAGGUACCCAAUCCAAGUGCCCCGUGAAGGUUGCUAUGGAGACAUGGAUGGGCAACCAGGAGUGAGAAACUAUGGAACAAUGGAUUCAGAUGAUUUAUUCGAUGUUUACUGUUAUGUGGAACAAAUUGAUGGGGAGGUGUUCCACGACGCUGUCCCACAGCAGAUGUCGUUUGAUGAAGCACAGUCGUUCUGCAGAGCCGCAGGAGCGGAGCUGGCCACAACGGCGCAGCUGUACUUGGCGUGGAGCGAGGGCCUGGACCGCUGCAGCCCCGGCUGGCUGUCCGACGGCAGCGUGCGCUACCCCAUCCGGACCCCCAGGGAGCGCUGUGGAGGCCCGCAGGCCGGCGUCAAGACCCUGUACCGCUUCAGCAACCAGACUGGUUUCCCAGAGCCGUCCAGCCUCCACGACGCUUACUGCUUUAGAGUGCUCAUGAACAUCAUCAGUUUGAAUAAUCUGCCUCCUACAGGUAGCAGGAAAAAUCCCACUGACUCUCCAGCAGACUACGUGGCCACGGAGCCUGAAGAUAUUGGACAAGAUGUUAUUAUUCUCACGGAAGAAGACCAAGAGCUGCAGCUGAACCAAGAAGCAGAGCAAGUGGAGCGAGAGGCUCAAAGUGCGCUGGAAUCUUUCCCCAUUUUGUCCAGUCCUGCCACUGAGGGCGGCAUGUAUGAUCCACACACAACAGAGUCUUCCUUCAGUGCCACAUCGACUCUGGGCCUCCUCCAGCUGCCUAAUGAAACCGCAUCUCCUGCACAAUUGAUCUCUGGCUCCCAGAGUCCUACAACGCUGGAGAGCAGCACCAUCAGCAGCAAUGAAGCCAACGGUUUUCCACACAAUGCGUCAUCCCUGCCGAAUGCUUACAAAGAUGAGGAUUCCCCCCAGAACACGAGCUUCACCGCUCACCCGUCUGAGCCUGAAAGCACCACAGGGCCCCCAGAAUCAACGCAUGCACCAGACUCACAUAACCACACAGCGCCGCACACACAGCCAUCGUUGAGUAUGAGGGAAUCCCUAACAACACGUGGGGCCAGUGUGGCUUCAAGCAGAGUACACAGCCAUUACAGUGGAGGAGGCAUCAACCACACUGUAGACGCAGCCCCGGUGACCCCUGACACGUUGCAGGUGGAACUGGACGAGGCGGCGCUGGAAGAGCCGGUUGAGUCACCGAGAGAAGAAACAGAGCCCCAUCCACCAACCACCCCAAAGGAAACGUCCUCCUCGCUCCCUGAUGACUGGUCUGGAGACGUUCCUCAAGAGAUUGACCCUGACUUUGAAUCAGCGAGUGACAACUCCACCUCAGUUAUUUCCACGUCUGGCUUCACCACUCGUCUGCCAACCUCCACUUCAGCCGGCAGCGCUACUGCUGAGGUUCGGACUCUGGCUCCAGGUCCCACGCUCUCAUCUGGCUCACGAAGGGCUGACGAACUGGGCUUUAACAUCGUCCCCACAUCAACGCAACUGGGGGAGUCUUCCCUCUCCACACAUGAGGGAAGUGGCAGUUUAGAAAACGAUGACACGAUCACUAUGGGAAGUGAGAGAAAACAGCUGAAUCCAACAGCAUCUGAAGAAAACCUUGUUUCUGAAGGUUUAGGAACCAGUGAGUCUCCAGAGGAGUCCAACCCCUCUCUGUUCCCUACAGAGUUCCCCACAGCACAGUAUAAGACACCAGGCUACAGAGAGUAUUUGGAUGCUUCCACUGGUGCUUUUGAAGAGGCUAGUGGAGAGGAAGCUGGUAUAACUAUUGCUGCACCCAGAGAAGAUGCUACAGUUGCCUUCAAAGAGGAUCAUAAAGUCAUCCAAAUCGCAGCAAAUGAUACAAUUGGCCCAACACUUGACGAAGAGCCUGAUGAUGUUUCCUCAACCCUGGAAGAGGAAGCUAAAGUUUUAUAUUCACUUGAAAAGGAGGUUGAAGUUGUCGCAACUGUCGAAGAGCAACCGCAGACUUUCGAAGAGGGAGGUUCAAGUGUGACGCCAACUCUUGAAGCAGCUUCCGAAACUACUUAUGCCCCCACAGAGGUGGCAGAUAUUAACCCCAAAUUUGAAGAAGAUGGCAAGCCCACUCCAACCUUUAAAGAGGAAGUCAGCUUUACUCCAACCUCAGAGGAAAAAGAUAACAUAGCUCUAACACAUGAAGAAGAAGCUGAGCCUGCUCCAACCAUUAAAGAGGAAGUCAGCUUUACUCCAACCUUAGAAGAAGAAGCUAACAUUGCUCCAACACUUGAAGAAUUAGCUGAGCCUGCUCCAACCGUUAAAGAGGAAGUCAGCUUUACUCCAACUCUAGGAGAGGGAGCUAACAUUGCUCCAACAGCUGAAGAUGAAGUCAGCAUUCCUCACACCCUUGAAAAUGAAGCUAAUGUUCCUCCAAACCUUAAGGAAGAAGUCAACAUUGCCCCGACCCCUGAAGAAGAAGAUAAUAUUGCUUCAACUUCUGAAGAAGAAACUGGCUUCACCCAACAUCCUGAAGAGGACCCUGUGGUUGUUACAACCCUUAAAGGAGAGGCGAGCCUUGACCCAACCCUGGCCCCUGAAGAAGAGGCCAUUCAGGAAGACUUCACCAAGUUUCCCCAGUUUACCUCCACUUCUGACUGGCCGCUGCUGGCCACCACAGCCGGGCUCCAAGAACCUCUGAGUGACGUUACCUAUGGCAGCAAACCUCACCACAGCUCUACAGCAGCCCCUGACUCCUUAUCAAGCACCAGGUCCAACACUGCUGCCACGAAGACAGCGACCACCUCCACCACACGCAGCUGGAGCCCCACGACCUCGACAGCUCGACUCCCCGACAAGACCACGGAGGCCCAGAAGGUGACACACCUCAUCCCUCCGGUGGAUCAAGGUCUGGUGGAUGUUGAGUUUAGUCUCACCCAGCCUCCCACCCUGCUUAACUUGCCCAAUGAGAGGGCAGCUGUAGGCGGUGCAGGGAAAGCUUCAGAUGCCUGUGAGGACAACACUUGUCUCAAUGGAGGCACGUGCACAGACCGACAUGGUCAGGCUCAAUGUCUCUGUCUACCAACAUAUGCGGGAGAUUUCUGUCAGAUUGACCUGGAGCAAUGUGAACUGGGUUGGGACAAGUUCCAUGGUUUCUGCUACCGACACUUCAGCCAGCGUCUGAGUUGGGAGGUCGCGGAGAAGCACUGUCGCAUGAUGGGAGCUCAUCUGGUGUCCAUCAUGUCCCCUGAGGAGCAGACCUACAUUAGCAGCAACUACAAAGAGUAUCAGUGGACCGGCCUCAACGAUAAAACCAUUGAGGAUGACUUCCGCUGGUCUGAUGGCAAUCCACUGCUGUAUGAGAACUGGUACAGAGGGCAGCCAGACAGUUACUUUCUCUCAGGAGAGGACUGCGUGGUGAUGGUGUGGCACGACGAUGGCCGCUGGAGUGACGUACCCUGCAACUACCAACUGGCCUACACCUGCAAGAAAGGCACCUCUUCCUGUGGUCCACCACCAAGGGUCCGAAACGCCUCCCUGUAUGGAAAGAGUCGACAGAGAUACGAGACCGAUGCAGUUGUGCGGUAUUACUGUGCCAAAGGCUUCCAGCAGAGACUGAACCCUAUGAUCAGGUGUCUGUCUGGAGGCAGGUGGGAAAGACCCCAAAUCCUGUGCAUCCCUGAAGCUGGAUUCCAAACAGAAUAUCCUGAGGAGAACAGCGAAUUUGCAGUAAAUGAAGUCGCGUUUGAAGCCACUAAGGAAACACAACAAUACUGGGAUAUCAAGUUUUAAAUGAUAGCCAAACGUUCCUUAUCCUUCUUUCCUAAAGUCUGACAAGAAAGUGAAGAAUUAGGUAUUUCACCUAUGAAUGCACACAACAAAAUGGACGAGGAUAGACACAAGCCAAACUGAUUCUGAGCACACAUGCUUUGUUGUCUAUACAAAAACAUGUUAAGCUAAAUGUGUCUUUUCAAAUGUGAUUCAUAAAUGUAGUAACGAGUAGAGCAAGGAGAGGCUAAAUGAAUCCAAAUGCACACAAAUAACUUCACGUCUUUCCUAAUAUAAAGAACCUUUUUGUAAAAUGGUGCUAAUGUCUUCAAGACCUUUGUAUCCAAAAGAGAUUUUUGAUGUUGUUGUUGGUAUAGCUCCCUCUUUCACAGCUCCAUUUUAUGUAUUGUGUACCGUACAUGUAUUAGCUUCGACUGAUAGGUGUGGUGAUAGGUGGAGAAAAACCUUUUAUUUCCAGCCAACACAGUUUUGUUCAUCAGCUUUAUGUUGUAAUAAAGUUUUGUAGAACAGAGCAAAGAAUAAAAUAUCUUCUUGUUUUACCGACAA